AUGCGACGAGUAUAUAAAUGCCACUAAUUGAGCACUAGAUCCAAGAGCUAUAGUUGCUGGUGUCCCACCAGUGCUCUUGCCAUUGCCAUCUGGCCAGGCAAGUGGCAAUUUAAUUUUUACGAGCCCUUAAUGUGUCUUUAAUUACAAAGCCGCUCUCUCAUCAGGCUCGCUCUCUGCUUGAUUGAAUAUUUACCCCCAAAUUGAGAUUAAUGGUUGGGUUUGAGGAUUCGGCCUGGAGGCUCUGUCGGAAUAUUAACAUAACAUUAAUAAAGGACAACUAAAACAGCCAGGCUCAGGAGCAGCAAGAAGCAGAAGCAUUGCCACUUAGCCAAGACAUGAACCAAGACGAAGCUCGUGCCCAUCUGUCAAAUAGUGUGCCAUACUUUAGGGCGUCAAUUCCCAUGCGUGUAUAUGAGUGUUUGCGGGAUACAAGCAUGUUGCGAUGCACAAAACUCUAUGUGCUCCAGAAAAUGGAGGAACGCAAGCAUAUGCCACAUACAGCCAAUCUGACCAAGGACUUUCUCGAUCAGUUCUUUGGCGAGGAAACUCAAUUGGGCAGUCUCGUUUCGGACAAGUAUCAAAAAAUGUCCGAGAAGGAGCUAAAUCUGCGUUUAGUGCAAAACUUUCAGCGCUUCUUCAAGCAUCGGGAUCUUAAGUUACACAUUUUACCCGGAAUGCUUUUAAAAGUUAUACCCAGCAAGGAAAAUAAGUUAAAGUUUACCCUAAAGAAGAACAUCAAAUCCCGGAUGGGACGUGCACGACGUCGCGAAUCCGAUGACCUGCAACUGAGUCUAAUCAAUCUUCCACCCAUGGGUGGAGUUGGCGGCAGCAGUGGCAGUGUUGAGACCUAUGAACCCGAAGCAGAAGGCGACUCCAAACAGCAGGGCUUGGCUGGUGGCUCUGGCGUAGGUGAUGGCGGUGUUGCAGGUGGCAGUGGUGGAUUAUUGGGCAAACGGAAACACAAAAAAAACUCCUAUAAGGUGACAAUGCUGCAGAUGGCUGUACCAAUUCUGGUGCUACCAGUUAUAUUGUUGGGCAGCCUUUUGCCAUUUAUUUUGCCGGCUCUAAAAAUGGCCACCAUUUUGUCACUUCUUAUGAACAAUGGCGCUUUCAUGGCCGCACUGCUCUAUGCGGCUCGAACUCAGGCCAAUAACCAGGAUGAACAACAUAUUAGCUAUAGUUAGCCCUACCAUUAGUUCCAUCUAUACUGAAUUACUACUAUACUCAAUAAAGACUGUCAUUGGCUUCAG